AACUCCGAGGGGAAACUGUAGUGAACAUGUUUAGACAGGAGGAGCUUCUGCGCUUUAAUGGAUGUGCGUAAAGACGCUAAACUAACAGUGUCGGAAAACCGUGAAACCGUCAUCAUUGCUCUUAUCUGAAAAUGUUUUGUCUGAGAAACGCUUACUAUGGACUAUAAAAAUGGUGACUAUGUUAGCAGGAAACUGGAUUCUCCGUUCUGUUCUCCUCCUAUUGUGCUGUUUACUGUGUGAAGCUGGAGACGAGAUGGUCACACUGCAGGAAGUGGAAGGAACCACUAUAACUCUCCAUACUGGGAUAACUGGGAUUCAGAGUGAUGCUCAGAUUAUGUGGAUUUAUGGACCUGAGAAAGCAGAGAAAAGGAUAUUGAACAGUUAUGUGCAUAAAGGAGAAAUUUUUACAGACAUCAGUGAGAGAUUUAAAGAGCGACUGCAACUGGACAGAAUCAGUGGAGCUUUAACCAUCAGGAACAUCAGCAGAACUGAUUCUGGAGUUUAUUCAUUACAAGUCAUGAAUGGAUCUACGUUAUCUAGGACUUUCAAUGUCAGUGUUUAUGCUCCAGUAUCAACUCCAGUAAUAAUAAAUGAAAGAGGAAAGCGAAGUGUGUUUUCCACAGAGUCGUGUUUCCUCCUGUGUUCUGUGGAGAAUGGAGAAGAUGUGAAGUUAUCCUGGUACAGAGAGAAUGAGAGAAUCUCCAUCACCAAUAACACAGAUCUCAGUGUUCCCCUCAAUCUCUCACUUCAAAUACAACACAAUGUCACUAAUACUUACAGCUGUGUGUCUGCAAACCCUGUCAGCAAUAAAACAACUUCUCUCAACAUCACACAGCUCUGUGACGUCUCAGAUGAUCCUCCCUCUUCACUGCAUCCUGUUCUGAUAUCUGAAGAAAACUCCACAGUAACGGAUGUUGAAGUAGAGAGAGACCCUGUGGUGUAUUCAGACAUGAGGUGA